AAAAGCGUGGUCAGUCUGCUAGCAAUGGCUUUCGUUGUUUACGUUCUUGGUUGCCGUGUUUAUUUGAUGCGCAGUAAGCGUUCCUGACGAUCUCCCGCGAUAAAGAGCAGCAAUGUUACUCGUUAGAUCGAUUUACAUGAUUAUCAAGCAAAUCAACUACGAAGCGACUGCUGUCAACGGUCCCCUCAUCGACCGCGCAAAGUGGGCGCUGUGUGUUCGACUCGCACACUCCCACAGAGGCACGAACUCGGAUAACGCGCCCAGCAGGGCAAAGAGAAGAGCUCACUGUGACUUGGCGCACGAAUCUUGUGACGUGACGCUUGACGCCCAGUUGCUGCAGCUGAUCAGUGCGCUAAGACUCGCGGACGCCCUGGCGCUGAUCGUGAAGUCGUUCGGGGCCGACCAACGGAGGUAUCCGAGCUCCAAGACGGCUACGGUGCUUAUUUCGGCGCUGGCCCGAGAGGGCGACGUGGAAGGAGUACGAAAGGUGCGCGACGUCGUGGACACCGUCUACCCGAUCGUCUCCGCCGACGCGCUCCGAUUCGAACACUACGACGCCGAAGCGCUCUCGCGCUCGGGUCGCGCGGCCGAGGCGAUACUCAAGUUCGAGGCGCUCUUCGUGGCCCACAGGGCUCACCGCGUCAAAAUAUGCUCCCUGCUCACGUUCCUCGCCGCGCACCUGGUGAAGAACGACAUGGUCGAGGAAGCGACGCUUCUGGCUCGCAUGUGCGAGAGGCUAGCCGACCGCGGCUACUUCCAUCCGCUGUCCAACGUGUGGAAGGUGUUCUUCCUGAGCGAGAGGCGACGCUAUCACGCCGCGGCCUCCGAACUGGUCGAGGUGGCUCGCCUGCGUCCCCGGGCCAAGCCUUUCUUCGAGAAGAAAGUCAGCUCGGUGAUCUCGUACGCCGUCGACAGGUGCGACGUGGACAUGGUGCAGAGGUUGCUCAACGUCGUGCUCUGCAUGGGCAUGCCGGAGUGUUGCGGCCUCGUGCUCAGCUUUCUCCUCGAGUUCUACUGUGAUGCAGACGACCUCAGGAGUGCACAGAAGACGUUUGAACACUCCGAAACCUAUGGCAUCGAACUGAACCCCGUGACCUUUUACCGUUACACCUGUUUUCUCAGUUCUCGGGGAAUACAAAUACCGCAUGACAUGCUGCUGAAGAAGUACAAAAUGGACCCGAGGAAGGCUAAAGAUGCUGCAGGGCAGAACAAUGUCAAGUUUAAGUUUUAGCAACCUGUGCGACUUAAUUUAUACGUGAAAAAAGUACGGUUUAUUAGUUUCAAGAUUAAAAACCUGCCAUCGAAGGAUCA